UGAUAACUGUCGGACCAACAUUGCGGAACUCGCAUGUUAUGUUUGCGGAGGUCAAUUGAAAUUGUAUCUUCUGCUACAAACCUUCAGGUGAUCACAUCGCCGCCAUGGUGAAGAAAAAGCGGCUUCGUCUCAUAGCGGAGAUGGCUCGGAAGAUCCGCGCUUACCGAGAGCUGAAGAACCGACCGCGGGACUCGCAGAAGUACGCCCUCGACUACGACACCAUGAGGCGGCCUCACACGGGGAAGAUGCUGCCCGUGCUGGCUUGGCAGGAUGUCCGCCGCGAGAGUCGCCUCUUCUCUCUGCUGGCCGGUAUGCGGAUGUUCGGUGUGGGUCGAGUCUUUACUCGCAAGUCGUGGCUGGAGGACCACACGGAGCCCAGUUACUGGCAGCUCACCAAGGUCAAGGUGGACUACACAGCGGAAAACAUGGAUCAUGGAAAAGCAUGGGGCAUCCUCACCUUUAAAGGAAAAGAGGAAAAAGAGGUCAAGGAAGUAGACAAGGUGAUGUACCACGACUGGCGUCUCGUUCCCAAACACAGAGAGCAACAAUUCAAGGACUUUGUGCCCCUUCCUGAGCCGCCUGUACGCUACGUCCCUUACCCUCCACUGCUGCGCGCCAUGAAGCUGGCUCGACACAAGCAGACGGAAGGCGGCAUUCUGGCAGAGGAGCCCCUUCUGCCUUUGGAAAGGGAUGUGGUGCUCACCAAAGACUAUUUCCGGAGUCAAGACCAGGGGAAGAAAUUGAGACAGGAGACGGCUGUGUGACGUCCACAAUUGUGAAACUGAAGGACAAGAGCCAUAUCGUGCUUCUAUCAUAUGGAACGGACCUGUUUCCACAUUUAAAAUUAUUUGUCAAAUGUAUGAUUAAGAUUAAACAAAUGUAAUGUGUGCACUCCCACCCCCCCCCCACCCCCUCCCGUCAUUGCUCUUGUCAAAGACCCAUUACAGUAGUGUGAUUGUGUGUCGUGACCAAACUGGCUGAACAGCGUGUCUGUGAUUGAAGCAUUUUUUUUCUCCCAGGAUGUGGACAAACGUGGACAAAACAACUUGACACAUUUGUCAUCAAACAUCAAAGAAGGAUAGUAAAGCUGAUUUAAAUGCUGACAACACACCAAAAAGGUUUAAAGUAAACCAUUUAAACAUGGUAAAGGUGGUCCAGGUGCAUGUCGGUGUGCAGAGGACACUUCAAAAGUGACAAUUAUUAGGAAAUAAAUGGAAAUCCAUAGAUUUUACUACACGGCUUCUCUUGGUUAUGGUUGGGAGAGCUGGAGCCUUC